UCGAGGCGACUUUUCCCAACGAAAGCAUACUACAUUUAAAUUUGGCAAUUUUGCAUGUUUUUCUUUGAUAUUUUUCUUAAAAUGUCAGAUGUUAAUGUGGAACAGUAAGCGGACAGACCUCUACAAUAUAUUUCGAAGACAAAGACGAUAGUGAACCGUUUCCUUUGCCACUGUGUUGAAAUACAGUACGAAGUAACGAUUGAAAUUCUUGCCUGGAUUUUUGCGCAAAUUUUGGCUGACGUCUUCAUUUUGUUUUUUUCUGAGCUGUGACUGUGUGGGGCUGGUGGUGGACUGAACUUGGAAGUGCAUUGCACCUGAGAGUGCGGAGUUGACGCUGUUCAGUGCAUUUCCCUUUCUUCAUUGCACUCGCUACCUUACAGCGCUUAUCAAAUAACUCUUAACUGAAUGAUGGACAGAGGUGACCAAGAUGAUCCCAACUUGGAAGCUGAGAAGGAGAAUAUCCCUGUUGAUGAUGGGGGGGUAGAAAAGGCAGGUACACUUCUGCCCCAGCACUUUUAUACUAAGGAUGAACUGUUUGAGAUGGCGGAGAACCCUGCGUCAAAGAAGCGCCCCACAGCCCUGUUGAAAGACUUUGAUACAGCUGAGGGGUACUGGGACCCAGAGAAAUGGAUCAAGUCUUUUGAUAACUCCAGGAGUAAUUCACCCAUGUUUGGUGGCGAAUUGAGAAAAAGGCGCUCUGACUUGGAAAGGGAUGGGUGCUCGAAGAGAUCAUCAUCAGAUCCAAGGGAACGCCUGAAGGAAGAGAGGGAUGGCAUUGUUUUGAGUCCUCAGAGAAAGAGUUUCAUGACUGGAUGUCAUGUCAGCCAAGCACAACAGCAGAAAAGAGCAGGCAGCCCUACUGAGCAUAGAGACCAAACUGACAGGGAGAGACGAGACGUUCAGCGUCGAAUUGGUAGUGGUCGCAUUCCUCAUGAUAGGGAUCGGGAACAUCACGACUAUAGGAAUGACAGGUUUGAUGAGAGGGAUAGGAGAUUUGAAAGGAAUGAUCGCUUUCGCCGUGAAGAGGACAGAGAUCGUGACAACCGAGAACGAGACAGUAACAGGAUUCAGAGGGAAUACGGGUGCAGGAGAUUUUCUGGAACUCGUCGUCCCAAUCGUGCCUCCAUUGAAGAAGAGCCCGAGUGGUUCACUGGGGGACCUCACUCGCAGUCGGACACCAUCGAACUGCGUGGCUUUGAGGAUGAAUCUUCCCAGGAUGGUGAUGAUUACCGUGAGGAUGAUCAUGGAGAAACAAACCGUCAGAGAGCGUCAUGUGUUCACUUAGAGCAAAGCGACAUGCAGGAAGACCAGGAGACACUUCAAUCUGCCCCGAGACAACUUUUGCAAAGAGCACACACGAUUCAGCAACAACCGCCACCGCUGGCACUCCGGUCAUAUCCUGCUCACUAUCCUGGUCAACAGCAAGCUCAACCCCCUCAGCUGUACCCUCCAGUGAUUGUGGAAGCACCGAGUCAACAUUCUCCACAAACACAGGAGUUCAAUUUUGACGAAUUCUUCAACAUCGACACUAUUCCUGGACUUGAUGUGAGUGCCAUUGCUCCCGAGGAUGAAGCCCUGCAACCGAUUGGUAGUCGCUUCAGUCGUUGGUUCUGUAGCCAGACUUCUAGUGGUGGUGCAGGAAGUCGCCACAGCAGCAGAAAUGCAAGUCGCCGCUCUUCGAUAACUGAGGACUUCAACUUCCUUAAUGAAAUCCUUGGUGGACAGAAGAGUCCUGGUGUACCUUCCCCCAAUGAUGGCAUUCUGGACCCACAGCAUAUGUUCUCACCUAUUCCCACAUCCGCAGAUAGGAAACAACAGACCAUCCUUGACAUGUUGCAGCAGUCACGUGUGAAUGUACAACCUCUACUAAACUCGGUGGUUAACAAUAAUAAGGUGGACAAUCAGCUGCAGCGCAAGGAUAUAGGUUAUUGUGCGCCCCUUAAGGUCAAGACAUUGGCAGAAUUGGAGGCCAAUCUCCAAGAUUCGGGCCAUGUUGCCAGCCCGAAACCACAGGCACCACCACCACCACCUCAAGUCAUGCAGAAACCAGACCUUGACAAUGAUAUGUCUGCAUUUAAUAAACUGGUAGGAAUGAUGGUGGCUACGGGCAACCUUCCUGACGGAGUGAAAGAAUCGCCUCCUCCGAUGAGAACGGGACCUCCACUCCAGCACCCUCCGACAACAAUUCUUCCUCCAGACAAAAAUGGUGAUACUCCAACCCCUACCCAGAAUCAGCAGCAGCAACUCAAUAUUUUCCAGGAACUGUUGCUGUCUCAACAACAACAUCAGCAACAACAGAUCCAUCAAAAACAGUUGCAGGAACAACAACAACAGCAGAAAGUACAAGAGCAACAGCAGCAAAAGUUUCAAGAACAGCAGCAACAUCAGAAGUUCCAAGAACAACAUCAGCAGCAGAGGCUUCAAGAACAAAAAAUACAGCAGGCCUUACAGCAACAAUUGCAGGUUAAGUUGAUGCAGCAUCAACAACAACAACAACUGCAACAGCAGAAGGAAAAGAUGAUGAAUCGUACCCCUACUAUUGUGACGAAACCUGCCUCGCCACCUUUGAUGCAGCUGCUUCCAAACCCUCAGCCACAGCCCACAACCCCAAGGAUUGCUUCUCCUAACAUUCUCCAGCAGGCUUUGCAGCUGCAGCAGGCAUCCACUUCCCGUGCUCCUUCCCCUAUUAUGUUUGGCCAACAGCCUCCAAUGCAUCUGAAUGCACCUUCUCCAAUUCAUCCCUCUGGUCAGGCUUCUCCGUCUAAGACGCCUGUUGCUCAACAGAAUCUCUCCGUCAAUACACUGCAGGUUAACUCCGGUUCUAGGUCACCAGUUCUUGCACGUGUUCCAUCACCACAAGAGUUAGUUUACCACACUCAGGCAAUCAUGCAGAAUGCAUUGAUAAAGAAGCAGCUUGAAGACCAGAAGGAGCGCUUCAUGAAGAAACAGCAGCAGGAUAUUCGGGCCAAGUCUCCUAAUCCUGUCCCCAUGACUAUCAGUAGUGGUAAUGUAAGCGUUUCAGUGCCAGUUCCCACCAUGUCCAUAGCAGCAAUUCCUACAGUAACUGAAAUGACCCAGAUGCAGAUGCAGACAAGCAUAAGCCAGAUGCACAUGCAGACAAGUGUUUCAACACCAGUGUCAGCUAAGCCACCACCUACUGUCUUCACGCCCACAUCAGUUAUUAUCAAGAUGGCGUCAGACAAAGCAGGAAAGGAUAGAGAAACUUCUGAAUCCACCGAUUCUCCAAUGCAACGAUUUAGUGAACAAAUGGCAAGUCCAUCACGACGCUCAAACCAGAUGGGUGGCCAGACCGGUAGUCCCCAACAUUCUGUUAAGCAGGCAAGGCCACUGUUUGGCCAAGGUGCUGUAGCAGCUACUGCACCCCAGACUCCUACAACUACUUGUCCUUUAACUCCAAACUUGCAACAAUCUCAUAGCCAUGGAAGACCUAUUGUAAAAGGCAUCAUGAAUUCCCAAACACGGCCGCCGUCACAUUCUAGUCAAUCUGACAUGCAAGGCCAACGUCCGAUCACAGGCAGCCAAUUAUCACUUGACCAAAAGGAUCAAAACCCUAUGGACCAGUGUCCCAAGUCACCACUGAGUAGUCGCAGUGUAACACAGAACACAACCGUCCCAAAUUAUUCAAAUCCAUAUAAUGUUGCAGUGGCUGGUCGAGUACCCUUGCCCCAUAGUUCUGACAUGCGAACGGGCCUUGGUGUUCCGCCUGCCAAUCCCCUAAUGGUACAACAGAUGAUGCAAGCACAGAUGAGCUCUAACCCAGCUGCAAGGGUAUCUGCCAUGAACCAAAUGAACCAGAUCAACCAGUUUAACCAAUUGGCAGCCCUGCAGGCCCAGGCUCGUGGCGUUGACCCCAGACUACAAGUGCGAGGUGUCUACACUGGUAUGGUGGCCCAGGGGAUGCAGGGAGGACGCGGUUUGGUUCCUAGCAACAUGUCUACUCUAGGUGUGCCUCAGGCUGCAUUGAGUCGGUCAUUAUCUCCACAGCCACCGUUUCCUCCUCCUAUGUUAGCACAAGCAAAGAUGGGAAAUGGGCCCCUCUCACCUAUUCCAAGUUAUCCAAAAUCAGCAAGCCCUAAUCCUGGUGCUGAUUUAUCGAAAUGGUUUCAGAUGGAUAUGUUAAAACAACACUUACCUGCCAUGCCACCAAUUCCUGGGCAAGGACCAAACGUUUUGACAGUGGAUGAAUUGGAGCGUCGCCAACAGGUGCUGACUAACUGAAAGAGCCGAUCUCAAGAUAAAAGGUUCUCUUGAAACUGAGCUGAGAUCCAGGAUACUUUGCAUAUUAUGACAGUAUCGUCAGCAGUUUACAAACAGAUGAUCCAAAGUGGUCAGGUGCUGUAUACAUAAUAGUUGAGGGUAGGAACUAGUAUCACUGCUACUACUCUUGGAUGUGUGACUGACAAGUGCUGGUGUGAUUGAUUGUAAAAAGGGUAAUAUUGCCAAUAAAUUUCAGUGUUUAGUGUGGACAGGCCAAGGAAAUAUUUGGACUUUAGAAAACUAAUUGUAAAUACAUGUACUUGGACUGUAAGAGUAUGUACAGGUAAUUGAGAUUUUCUUUCCUAAUAACUUUAUUCCGUAGGAAAGUUGCUCCGCAAAACAAGAAAUUUCGGGUCAUGAUUUGGCAAUGUGUGUGACAUGCUUCAAACUUUUGGAUCUUUGUGUUACGCCAAUAGUCUGCGUCAGUUGCAGUCAUUUUCUGUUUGACUGAUCUUUUGUAUUAGGAAAAAUACUGUAGACCUUCUAGGUUUUUUCUAAUGUUCUUCUCUGAACAUUUCUACUGAUAAAGUCUUUGGGGUACAAUUUUUUUUUCAUUUUCACAAAAAUGAUCCUAUUUAUACUUAGGGGAUGUCACCUUAUGGGGUGUCACCACUGAUGUCAUCUAAAAAAUGUCCAGAAAAAUUAUUCUGAGUCAGAAACUCUUUUUCAUGCAUUAACUGAUAUAUAAGAAUAUACUUUACAGGAUUAAAAAGCCACUUUUAUGAAAUACCCUUUUUGGCUCACCGUAGGGAGUCUAUAAUACCGCUGUGUCCGUUGUCAUCUGUAUCCUGUUUCAGAAACAGUGCAUGUUUCUUAACCACGAGAGGUCACCUCGCUAGAGGUCAGGUAAACCCUGACACUGAAUUAUGCUCCAAUCUGAUUCUUGACUUGGCCACCAGGGGGGCCAGAAGUGGAAAUCUAAGAAGUGUGAUAUCUCUCUUAUAUGUGCCUCGUUUUCGAUAACAUUUUAAUUGUAGUUUCUCCUAGCAAGGAUACAUCACAUAUCAUGCAGUUUUUUGAUUUGACCUAAUUUUCAAGGUCUCAGCGGUAAAAUGGUGUAAAUUGGCGUUUGAAACCUAUGACACGUUUCUUAACCGCUAAAGCUAUGAACUUGAAAUUUGGUACACGACUCCCUACGUCAUGUCACCUCUGUCACCGAAAUUCAGUCCAAUCUGAACUUCGGUCCGGUCUGAUUCUUGACUUGGCUACCAGAAGGCCAAAUUUAUAAAAGGUAAGAAGUGCACUAUCUGGCUAAUUAGUGAAUUUGUUUUUGAUGAUAUUUUCAUGGUAGGUACUGCGAGGAAGGAUCCAUCACAUAUCCUACGGGAUACUGACUCUCUUUUGACCUAUAUACUAUACUCAUGUAGCAUGUUUCUUAACCAGCAUGAACUCCUAACCACCAAAUAUUUAUACAGUGAGCACAAUGGCCCCUGGCUGUUUCAUUUAAAAUUGAUUACUCAAAGCCAGCUCCAAUUGCCCCAAGCCCCUUUUACAGACUUCACCCUGGCACCCUUGUGGAGGCUCAUACCAUCUUUUGGCAAAACUCAAACUCAACGUUCUCAUCCGAUAAGCUUGUGAUUGCGAAGUUCCUGUGAUGUUAACAUAAAAACACCUCAACAAAGAGAAGUUCCCCCCUAAGUCAUUGGUCAUUUUCUGUGGUAUCCCGAGCAAUGUAAUUGAAAUUUUCGGAUAUCUUCACUAUGUUCUUUAGCUUAAUUGCUGAAAAGGACAGGGUCAUGCCUGUUUUAACGUUUUAGGUUUGCGAGCAGCGAAAUAUUGUCUUGAGAUUGCCAAUGAUUGCCAGGAAAAAAGUUAAUGAAAGGGGUUUUUGUCUCUUUUAAAACCAGCCCCUUUUUAGCCAGUGAAGCUUUAGGAUUGAGUACAAGCUUGCUGGCAGACGACGCAAUAGAUCAAAAUGCAAGAGCACUCUAUAUUCUGCCGUGAGUAAUGAUUAGUUGCAUUUAAAAGUAAUGUUAUUUGCUUUUAUUUAGAGAAAAAUAACCCGAUUCCAACAGACCUUUUCGGUACUUCCGGUAAGAGGCUUCCCAGACUUAUAAUUUGCAUAUUCCUAAUGGACCUGCACAUUUUACACCAUUUUCCUGAUAAAGUUAUAUUGGGUUGGAGGUAUUUUCGUGGGGAAAUUUCCGGGGAAUACAAAUUUUGUUGACCAGUGCAGCUGAAAAUAAUAUUCUGCUUUGUUGAAGUUGAUUUUCAGCAUAUUUUAAGUUUAGUACAAAAUUUAUUCAGCUGUGCGACAUGUCAAGGCGCAAUGCUAUUGAAUAUCAUACCUCAAGUAAAAAUCUGUGAAUCUCAUUGGCUCGAACCUGUCACGUUGCAGGUUUUAUUUUCGUGCAAUGUCUAGGACAGUGGCCAUCUUGUUUCUUGAUUCAAUUUGUGGCGGUGAAUGACAGAUAUUUAUCAGAUAUAUUCGAACCCUUCAGGGGAUUUACAGAGCAUGCUUGCAGCUUUUUUUGUAGGAUAAAACAAUGAGAUUUUGAUGCACUCUUGAAAUAAAAGGGAUCAGGUUGUCAUCAUAUUAUAGUGAAUACCUCGAUUUGCGAGAAUGACCACAAAGUUAUGUACAUUUUGUUCCUGUACAUUUAAACCUUCAUAUUUACCUGGAUUUUUAAAGGUUUUCUUCAUGCAUUCCUUUGACAUAAUUGAGAAUGCCAAUGGUGCUUAGCCUGAAUUUCAUGACUAAGUCUUAUAAUACAUCAUUGAACAGAACGUUUGUGGAUCAAUGGCCCCAACACCUGCCCAACAACAUGACAUCCAUUGUCUCAGUGUGGUCUUAAAUGAAAGCAUCAAGUGGGAAAACAUGCACCCGUGGCAACCAAUAUCUGCUAGGGAGCUUAUACAAUACCGUGGCGUCCAUUGUCUGUCGUCGUUAUCGUCGUCUGUAAGCGGAGCACGUUUUGUCACCACUAGGGGUAGAUGGCUAAAACUUGUUGUGAUGGUGGCUUUGGGCAAUAUGCCCAGACUUUUUUUGCGAUAUGACGUACUUUCUGGUCUCCAGGCAGCCAUCUGGGAAAUUGGUUUUUUGCCUUUUUGAAGCUAGUGGUUGUGCGUAGAGUGACGAAAUUUUGUGGUGGUUGUUUCUAAUAAGGUUAAAUGACAUAUCACCCGGGUAUUUGAUUUGACCUAAUUUUCAAGGUCACAGAGGUCAAAGUUCACUGAAUCACAGAUAGGUGGCACAUUUCGUUUCUAUUUGAGCUAGAAGGUUCUAAACUUGUGAGGAUAUGUUUCUAGGGACCUUCUAUUUUACCCAACAAAUUUGUCUCACUCGAACUUCAAAUAUGGCUGCCAGGCCAUCUUGAAAAUUAAGCAAAGUCAGAUUGCAACCAAAUUUCAUGUGAUUGUAUAUCUAUGUACUCUCUACAACAUCCUUGAUUUUCAGUAAAAUUCAUCAACCAAUAUGGCCACCACACGGCCAUCUUGGAAAUUUAACAAGUCCUAAUACUCCGAAACUAAUUAUCGGAUUGCAACCAAACUUCAUGUGCUCUUAUCAAUUUCCCUAAUUUUCAGUCUUAUUCCAUUACAAAUAUGGCAACCAGUCCGCCAUCUUGAAAAUCUAACAAAGUCCUAUUACUCCUAAACUGUUGAACAGAUGUCAACCAAUUUGCAUGUGAUAUGUACAAUCUCUUCAAUAACCUUGAAAUUCAGUCAACCUUAUAACCAAAAUGCUAUACUUAGAUGGUACCGGUAAUAUUCUUUUGUGCCAUCGACCAGAAGAACAAUAUUAUUCAAUAGAAUCAAAACUGGUGAAACUAGCCAGAAACUGUUCUCCCCAUAUCCACUGUAAAUGACAUGCAUUACAUUACCCGAGGUGAGCACAUGGUCCCUGGACCAUUUAAUUCAAAAGGUAUUUUCACUUUUUGAUCGAGUUCAAGAAGAAAUAUUUGGAAAAAUUGUUUUCCCUCCUCAAAGAACUUUUCCCGGAAAAUUCUUAAAUCUUGACUUUACCGAUCGAAACCAUAUUGAAAACGAAUUACUAAAAAAUAUUUUGGUAUGAUAUAAAAAAAGGUUUGCCUUCGUGUCGGACGAUAUAUUGAAUAUCGCCCUCAUCUCCGUGUGCUUGUCAAAACUCCCCUCCCCUAUGUAUGUACAACAAGUUACCAGGCUGUCAGGCCUCUAGUUAAUUUGAUUGAGGUUCAUUCAUGCGUAACAAUUGGUGAACCCCUGUCAUUUUAUCAAUUUAGCCUCUGACCAUAGUGGUGAUAUCCAGAAUUUUACAUUGCAUUGCUGUGGAUACCUCAAUAAAUAAUGACCAAUCAUUUAGCGGGAACUUACUUUUGUUGAUGUUUGUACCUAAUCUUGAUAGUUGUUAUUAACAAUAUUAGUGUUAUUUAUAAACAACUGUGCUGAUAUUGUUAUUUUUGGCUCACCGUAGGAGAGUCUAUAUGAUACCGCAGUGUCAGUCGCCUGUCGUGUCUGUAUCUUGUUUCAAAAACAGUGGCGUGUUAGUUGACCACUAGAGCUAUGAAGUUGAAGCUUUGUACACAAUACCCCCCAGGUCAGGUGACCCCUGAACUGAAUUUUGAUCCGAUCAAUUUCUUGACUUGGCCAGCAGGGGGCUAAAAGUGGAAAUCUAGGAAGUGUGAUAUCUCUCUUGUAAGUGACUUGUUUUCGAUAGAGUUUUUAUGGUAGGUUCUCCUAGCAAGGAUACAAUACAUAUCCGGCUUUUAAUUUGACCUAAUUUUCAAGGUCACAGAGGUCAAAUGGCAUAAAUUAGCCAUAUGAGUGUAACUAUGGCAUGUUUCUUAUCCGCUAAAGUUAUGAACUUGAAAUUAAGUACACAGGACUCCCUAUGUCAUGUAACUAGCAAUACCAAAUAGCAUCAUUUCACAUGUUAAAAUCCCGACGUCAUUGCACUAGGUAGCAGAGUUUUCAUGCCUCACUGUAGAAAAAAACCUCACUGUAAAACAUCUUCAAUUAUACAACUACAAAUCUUACAUGAAUAAAAUCCUUCAUAUCAUA